CAUAAUAGCUAAACUGUAUAGUAUCCCAGUAAAACAAUAAAAGGCAGUUACUACAAAAGGAGACUGCACAUAUCCUUUUUCCUUUAAUACUAGAAACCUACCUAACAGUUACCUAAACAACUCCUUGAAGGAAGGAAGUCAAGAAUUCAUGCAAUUCAAAAUGAAGCAACAUCUCACAUCUGUUCUUUUUCUCUGCUGUGCUGUGAUAUACCUGCUCCAGGGUGCUUCUGCACAGGAUUCUACAGCUGUGAUCACCACACCUUCAGUUGGUACUACAAAAACAUCUGAUUCAACAACAAGUUCGGCCACUAUAACAACAAUAACACCAGCACCAACAACAACAACAGCAGCUCCAACAACAACAACAGCAGCACCGACAACAGCAAAGUCAACAAUGACAACAGCAUCAACAGCAUCAAAGACUUCAUUGACAGGAAUAUCAGUAACAACAAAAACAACAACAUCACCUCAGAUUAAAGACAGCACAACCGUUAAGCCAUCUACAGCAGUUACUGGAACUACUGCCCAAAUUGCAACUGGAAAUGAAACAAGUUCAACUAUUAAUGCCACUAUAACAACAGUUAGCCCCACCACCAGUAUAUCUGGCCCACACAUUGGAAUAUCACUGACCCUUGUUCUGCUCCUGACCCUUUUCUCAUUGUGUCAUUCACUGAUGUAUUAGAAGUCAUAUUUGUUGUGAAAACAAACGUAGAAAUGUAGUGUGAAAGAAAUGGAUGUCAUUACUUGUAAAAUGUGCCAGUGAAUAAUAAUGGGAAUUGUACACCUUCACUUAGACUAAUCAGUUGUUGUCUGCCUUUAUCAAAUUAGAAGCAGCAAUUAAGCAACCCUCACUUGCACUUUAGCUAUAAAUAUAGAUAGAUAUAGAUACAUGUAUGCGUGUGUAUGCAUAUAUGGAAGUACUUUACUAUCUCAAAAUACUGAAAUCUCGAAUUUCAGUAUCUCGAGGUGAAAAUGUCGAAAGUGCAGUUUAGUGAAACUGCACUUGAUUGAAUCUGGUGUCGAAUUUGUGGUUGUGGUGGCAUGGAACAUGGGAUUUCCUGUGUUUGUAAGGUGCGGUGUGCAGUGGGAUUUGGUUUGCCUGCUGCUGUGUGGAUAUAUGUGGAAAUUUAGGUAAGUGCUGUUUUUAUAAGGGUUUUGGGUAGGGAUUUGAGU